AAUUAUGCCUGCACGUGGUUCUUCAAGAUUCAUUGCACCUUCAAUUCACUCCCUUUAUAAGCCACCCUUCUUAACACAACUUCACCAUCACACCUUCACAACAUCACUUCUUGAAACAAUGCCUGGUCGGCAAAAUAGAAGAGGUCGCAGAAAUGCUCGUCGCCUUGACUUUCCUCCAGAUUUUGUUCCUAAAGGAUGGUUUAUAAUCAACGAGAUCAACAAAGAUGGUGUUGAGGAGGCCCUCCAACCAGGACGACCAUUAAUUUACUGUACUCAUUGCAGGAACAUGGGACACGAGGCACAUCGGUGUGGAUUCUCUGAAGAAUAUGUUAGGGCUAUCAAUGCACUGUAUCCAUACCUGCAGCUGGACCAGCACUAGCACCAGUUGGCGGAGGAGAGCCUGCACGGUUACAGAGGGCUACAUACUAGUGUGGCCUUUGUCACCGAUAUGGACAUAACGCCCGCACUUGCCGUGUACUUUUGUAGCCCAUGUAGUCCUAGUAUAUGAUAGAGCAGUGUCUCUACAAUACUUAUCUAAACUUGAAAGCUUUUCUAUGUUGGUUUGCCAGCUUUGAGCUUUUAGACAAUAAUUUGGAUGCUUUUAAAUAUAUUUGUUAAGAUAAAUGAAGCAUAGGAAUAUCAACAUAAAGUGUACAUUUGUUAAGAUCUCAAGUACAAGACAUGAGAUUUGAAGCUCAAAUUAAAAAGUAUGAGUAUGGGUGAACAUAGCUUUGAGUUUUCAAUCUCAACAACUAAUUUUUGGAAUGUAGUUUUCCAAAUAUUCAUGUUAUCUGAUAUGAGGGUCAUUAUCAUGUCUCUUAGUUAUAA